AAAUUUCGAAUAGUGAAUGGCAGAAACUAAACCAAAGCCGGAUUACAGCCAAUUUUCGAAUGAAGAUUUGAUUGUGUUGAUCGAAAACAAGGAGAAAAUGACUGGGAUUUACGAACAAGAGAUGAUAACCAAUCAAGAGAAGGUCAACAACUUGAAGGAGAAAAAUAAAGACUUAACUGAUUUAAACAUGACUCUCUCACACGGUUUCUCGAUUUUAGAAACCUUCAUUAGUAUUAUCCUCGGUCAAGAGGCCAUGAAAGAGAUUAGAGACGAGGAUAAUAACUAUGACCUUGACAAAAUGAAGUCUAAAUUUUAUGAUAAACAUAGUGAUAUUCAUACUUUACAGGAAAAUAAGGAAAAUCUCAUUGCCAAAAUUGAAAAAUUAGCCAUUGAAGAAGAGAAAUUUAGAGGCCUUAAGAAGAGAGUCGAGGAGUGGGGCGGCGAAAACUUUAUUGCCUCUUCUGUCAGCAAGAUUAAGACUCUCAAGCUGGAGGCUGAGUCCAAGGACGAGAAGAUCAAAGAGCUCACACAGAAACUUUCCAACUACAAUGAGACUAAAGCAACUGACCUCUUGAAUGCCUUGACUAAUGAAGAUGGUGAUGAGAAACAAAAGAAUGUCUACUUGAAGGAAAUCUCUGAGAAGAACAAUGAGAUUUUGGAGCUGAAGGAAAAGCUGACACAGACUCUUGAGAGCUUGAGAAACAGCCAAGCCACUAACCCAUUUGAGAAAGCUGGUGGAAGCGAUGAUGAGGAUAAUAAGGAAAGAGCAGCUAGAACCAGUAUUGAGCAUAAGAAUUCUAAGGUUGAAGGCAGGACUAGUGCUCUCAAGAGCACGGGUAGGAAGACACUCUCUAUGACUCUUGAUGAGGAGUACUAUAAUGAACUGGAGGAGGAGCUUGAAAAAGAGAAAGAGAAGAACAAGAGUCUCCAGCAAGACCUAGACAAAGCAGUUGCUACAUUAGGAGAGUCCAAAGUCAAGUACAGGAAGUUCCUCGUUGAAAAAGAGAAAGAGAUCGAGAAGCUGAGGAAAGGAGAAAUCGAUACAGCCUCAGUCCAUUCAGAUGAUGACAACACUAGCAUGAGUUCUAAGGUUUCUCUGCCACCAAACUAUGAGCAAAUGAUGAAUGGGAACAUGUUCGGCUUAGUUUCAGACCAGUGCACCCUUGACUACCUCAGAAAUAUCUUUAGUAAAUAUCUGGUGUAUAUGGCAAAGAAGAAGAAAAAGAAGGCUGAGACAUGUGAGAAUAUUCUUCUAAAUAUCUUAUCCGUCCCUGAAGAGCAGAUUAUUCAGAUAAAUCAAGCUAGAAAGAAAUAUUCCUUCUGGGAUUGGUUCAAGAACUUUAAAAAGACAGGGAAGUUGACUGAAGAUCACAAAAAUGAUCUUGACAUGAACCUCAACUUUACCAUGACCGAGGUGCAUGAGAGCAUGAUGAGUCCCUCCAUGUACACUGGAUCUAUCAUUCAUGGAGAUGAUCAUCUUAAUUCUGAAAUACUCCAGAGUCAAGAUAAGCCCAAUAAGAAAGGCAAGGCAGCUAAGAAAGUUAAGAAGGAAAUUGAGGUCAAGCUUAAAGAUGACAAAAAUGAUAAAAAUUAAGAAAAUUGUGAGUCGAAC